AUGGCUGCGGUGAAGGGCGAACCCCGCGAUGACAGGGGCUUCAAUGCACCGCCCGCGCCCACACAUGACGACGAGCCUAGGAUUGACCUCCAGUGGCUCCAAGAACUCGUUAACGACAGCGAAAAGCGGUCGGUACAUGUCCUCGAGAGGGCUGUCCGUGUCGGUGUCAAGGCUCUCGAGGGCCUCAAAGGUCCCCUCGAAGCCGCCAAAAAUAUCGAGGACACCACAGCCGCCCAGUGGCUCAAGAUGAUCAAUGAUGUUCAAUCUCGCGCUAAACCGACCCGCACUAUUGUUGGAGUCGUAGGCAACACAGGAGCCGGAAAGUCGAGUGUCAUCAGUGCCGUCCUUGAUGAGGAGCGUCUCCUGGCAACUAACUGCAUGAGAGCUUGCACGGCAUCUCCCACAGAGAUCUCUUACAACCACUCAAAGGAUCCCAAUGAACUCUACCGUGCCGAAGUCGAGUUCAUCACAUCGGCCGAGUGGCUAAAAGAGUUGCAAGAGCUCUACAGCGAUCUCCUUGAUGGAAGUGGUGAGGUUUCGCGCGAGAGUUCCAACGAAGAUAGCGAGGCCGGUAUUGCCUAUGCCAAGAUCAAAGCUGUCUACCCCCGCCUCGUCAAGGACACCAUGCCGAAGCAUAACCCUGUGGAGCUUGUAAACCAGCCAUCAGUUCGCGCUGUGUUAGGCACGACAAGGAAGCUUCAAGCCACUACAGCUAGCAGUCUCUACCGCCAACUGCAGACCUACGUCGACAGUAAGGAGAAGAACACAGACAAGUCGAUUGAGUACUGGCCUCUUAUCAAGGUUGUUCGCAUAUACACCAAGGCCUCUGUCCUAUCCACAGGAGUGUGCCUCGUCGAUCUUCCCGGUGUCCAGGAUUCGAACGCCGCAAGAGCCGCCGUUGCUGCAAACUACAUGAAGGCAUGUACCGGUCUUUGGAUUGUGGCACCCAUCACCCGCGCUGUGGAUGACAAGACGGCAAAGUCUCUGCUUGGCGAUACCUUCAAGCGCCAGCUGAAAUAUGAUGGCGCAUAUUCAGCUGUGACUUUCAUUUGCUCAAAGACCGAUGAUAUCUCGGUCACUGAGGCAGUGGAGAGUCUCAAUCUUGAAGAACGUGUCUCUCAACACGAGACACAGAUUCGAAGCAAAGAAGACGAGAUCAAGAAGCUCAAGAAGAAGCUCGGUGAUCUCAAAGAUCAGGAAGCGGCGUGUGACGAGAUCCGCGACCAUCUUGACGAAGAAAUGGAAAAGUGGGAUGUGCUACUUGACAAACUGGACAAGGGAGAGCAGGUCUACGAUCCGUCUGAAGCCCAGCAGGCCAAGAAACGAAAGCGUCAUGGCGGAUCACGGAGAAGCCGCAAACGACGUAACAACGAUCCUAUUGAUAGUGAUAGCGGUAGCGGUAGCGACAGCGGCAGCGACGGAGACGGAGAUGACUCGGAUGCCGAAAUGUCCGACUCAAGCAAUAAGGAAAACUCUAACCCCAAAGUUGGCGAAGAGAAAAAACUAUUAACGAAAGAGGAUAUUGAAAAUAAGAUUUCUUCUUUGAGAGAAGAAAAAAAGAAGAUUCGCGCGGGUAUUAGGGAUCUCAAAGACCAGGCAAAGGAAACCCGGACGGCUAUCAAGGAGAUCGAGUCCGAAAAGAAGAACUUGGAGUCGGAGGUCAAGGCUAUCUGCAUCCAAGGAAGAAACGAAUAUUCCCGGACGGCCAUCAAAAAGGACUUUGCCAUGGGAAUCAAAGAGUUGGACCAAGAAACCGCGAUCGAAGAGGACGAGGAGAACUUUAACCCAGAUGUCGAUUUAAGGGACUAUGAUAAAGUUGCUGAGACUCUUCCAGUUUUCUGUGUCAGUAGUCGUGCUUUCCAGAAGCUGAGUGGGAGGCUGGAACUGGAUGACGUGGUAAAGGAGACUAUGAACAACCUCAAAGAGGCGCUUGCGGAAAACAUCUAUGAAAUCUUUGAGAAGUAUUUGCCUGUCGCAGCAGACAGGGCCUUGCCCACCGCCACGGGUUGGGGCGCACACAGAGAUGCAGGUGGGUUGCUCUGGUCAACGUACAGAGCCACCUGUCGCCGGAGCGGUGUGUUUUCUGGUGCUUCGGGUCUUCGAGACUUUAAUGCAGAGCUCAUUGAACCCAUUCAUACGCCAUUGAGUACUACUUGGGAGCGAACCUUCCAGCGCCGUCUUCCCAGCGUCCUGACGAACUUCGCCAAGUCCACCAAGCUGCUGCUCGAGACCUUCCACAGAGAGGCAACAAUUCGAACUCAACAACGCGCAAAUAAUUACCACGGGAUCAACAUGUUGUAUCAGCAACUCCAAGCCCAUUGCCAGAAGAUCUCUGAACUACCCGAUGCACUGAAUGCCAUCGUUCAAGAACAACAGCGUGAUGCGAAUCGUAGCUUCGCGCCUACUAUUCAGACCCAGAUGGAGAGGACGUAUCAGGCCUGUGCUGAGGAAAGAGGCUCGGGAUGCUUUAGGCGAAUGAAGGACAUAAUGGAAGCGCAUGUUGGAACCCACCGUAUGUCAAUAUUCCAGGCUGCCACCCGCGUUGUACAGGAUCAGCUUGGUGUCAUGUGCAGGGAGCUCAAGAAACGGCUUCAAGAUGAGGCUGACGAUCUCCACGACAUACUGCGAAGACAUUAUCUUUCGGCACUGGUUGGGAGUGAGGUCGCGAAUCGUAAGGGGCUACCCCGGGUAGAGCGAACAUUGCGAGCAGAGAUGGUGCCGUAUUUACAAAAAACCGAUCCUUUGUUCGCGCCCGUCGUCAAGGGCGAGCCUGAAGAGCCUGAGAAGGUCGAAGAACCGGAGGAGCCGAAGCAGGAGAGGGCUGCUAGCGAGGGCCUUUUUGUCCCUCCGGACGCCGCGGCUAACGAAGCUGCCGAUGAUCAUGACACGACCAUGGUGGAUGCAUCGAUUGUGGACACUUCGGUGGUUGAUGCAUCAAUGGUAGAUGCCCCUCCGCCAUCUUCGGGACCAACUGCAACCUCUUCCAUCAAGGCUGAGCCCGUCGAGCCGGCCCCUUUGCUGAGCAGUAACCAAGCUUCGGUUCCCUCAAUCAAGAAUGAACACGCCGCGCCAGUUCAACCAGCUGUUGAACCCUCUCGAGCCCCUAGCGUUGCUGCUCCUGAAGCUGCUGCCCGGCCUGAGCCUCUUCAAGCUGGCACAGCUGCUUCUGAGGUAGUCCAGGCCGUCGGUGUUGUUCAUGAGCGCGCUCGGGCUGCUACUGCUGGCCCCGACGCCGUUGGAACUGCUAUUGCUGUUCCUCAGCCCCUGCGAGCUGCUACUACUGAUCCUGAUCCGAUCUCUAACAUCAAGCGGGAGCCACAGGGUGAUCACAACCUGCUCGCAAGCUUCUGCAGUGAGCGCAAUCCAACCUCGGACGACGAGGAAGAGUUUUCUACCGCGACAGAGGGCGAGGAUGACGAGGACGAUGAAGAUGAAGAUGAUGAUAAUGCUGAAUCGUCAUCAGAUGAGGACAGCUCCCGGGCCCCAAGUGUCGAGAUGGACCUUGUGAAGCCAGAGCCAACCGAUCAUUGA